AUGCUGACCCUCAUUCGCAACUGCACACUACGACCACAUCACCCUUCCCCAACACAACAGACAUCACUAGCGUUCGCGCGAACAUGGCACUCGGUCUCCGCCAAAGAUCGUGUGCUCGGUCCGCUCGCAGUCAACAUCGCCAAACUGCUCAUGGGCAAGCACAAACCGAUCUACGACCAGUCCAAGGACCUCGGCGACUACGUCGUCGUCACUAACGCCAAGCAGGUGGUCGUCACAGGACGCAAAGCGGAUCAGAGGGUGUAUCGUCACCACACCAUGUUCCCCGGUGGCCUGAAGGAGAUUAAGUACAAAGAGAUGAUGGAGAAGAAGCCAGAGGAGAUCAUUAGGAAGGCGGUGAGCGGUAUGCUGCCGAAGAACACGUUGCGGGAUAGGAGGUUGGAGAGGUUGAAGGUGUUUGAGGGAGAAGAGCAUCCUUAUAAGCAGAACGUGUUGUCCAUCGACAAACCUCAACCAAAAGUCCAAAGCAAGAUGCUGGCACGCGAUCAAGAGCUGCUCUCCAAACUGCUCGAAAGAGAAGGUGGUUCAGCAGGUGUCUCCAUCGUCAACGGAAGGUACGAGGAAGGGCUCGGUCCAGAGACAAAGAAGAACAUGUUCAGGCUCAUCUGA